CAGGAAUGGAUUGACCAAAAAUUGUGCUGGAAUCCGGAGGACUAUGGUGGAAUCACCGCAAUUCGAGUUCCAUCUGAAUCUCUCUGGCUCCCAGAUAUUGUUUUGUUUGAAAAUGCUGAUGGGCGCUUUGAAGGUUCCUUGAUGACAAAAGCAAUAGUCAAAUACAAUGGGAUAGUAGUCUGGACUCCUCCAGCCAGUUAUAAAAGUUCCUGCACUAUGGAUGUCACCUUCUUCCCAUUCGACAGACAGAAUUGUUCGAUGAAAUUCGGAUCGUGGACCUAUGAUGGCAACAUGGUAGACCUAAUUUUAGUCGAUGAAAAUGUGGACAGGACAGAUUUUUUUGAUAACGGAGAAUGGGAAAUCCUAAAUGCCAAGGGGAUGAAGGGAAACCGAAAAGACGGAUUGUAUUCCUAUCCUUUCAUUACCUAUUUUUUUGUUUUAAGACGACUACCAUUAUUUUACACUCUCUUCUUAAUCAUCCCAUGUCUGGGAUUAUCUUUCUUGACCGUGCUUGUUUUCUACUUGCCUUCUGAUGAGGGAGAAAAACUCUCACUGUCCACCUCGGUUUUAGUCUCCCUUACUGUUUUUCUCUUAGUCAUUGAAGAAAUCAUCCCCUCUUCCUCCAAAGUCAUCCCUUUGAUUGGCGAGUACUUGCUGUUCAUCAUGAUUUUUGUCACCUUGUCCAUCAUCGUGACUGUUUUUGUAAUCAACGUGCACCAUCGUUCCUCGGCCACCUACCACCCGAUGGCUCCUUGGGUGAAGAGGCUCUUCCUUCAGAAACUGCCCAGGCUGCUCUGCAUGAAAGGACAUGUAGAUCGCUAUUCAUUCUCUGAUCCCAAAGGGACACAGAAAGAAAAGCCGACAAGGAAGCAUAAACACAAACAAUUCAAAGACGGAGAAAAAGUUGUGAUUGCCUUCCUGGAAAAGGCUGCUGAUUCCAUCAAGUAUAUCUCUGGGCACGUGAAAAAGGAACACUUCAUUAGGCAGGUGGUGCAAGACUGGAAGUUUGUAGCUCAGGUCCUUGACCGUAUCUUCCUAUGGCUAUUUUUGGUGGUGUCUGUGUUGGGCUCUGUUCUUAUAUUUACUCCCGCUUUAAAGGCAUGGUUGCAAAGUGGAAGUAGUAUUGUCUAGAAAUAAGAACAUGGGAAUCUGCGGAAGGAAGGAAGGAAGGAAGGAAGGAAGGAAGGAAGGAAGGAACUGAAUAGACUCAGAGUCAACACUGGUGCAUACUGAACUGGAAACGACACUGCCACUGGUGGCAAUUGGUAUUGUUGAUGAUUGUACCCUCCAAUCAACUUUUAAGGCUGAAUCCUAUGCUCGCUUACCUGAAAGUCCUGUGAACUAAAUUGCAUUUACUUCUGAGUAGAGAACCAUAGGAUGGCACUGUUAGCCUUUCAAAUUGUUGCACAAAUGAAGACAUCCAAUUCUGUAUCUGUAGGUGUUUAUCAGCUAAUACAGAUACAGUCGCCAUUGAAAGAUAAGCCUCUAUGUAUUCAAGCACAUAAGCCAGACAUAUGUAGACCACAAACAUAUUGAUUUUGC